AAUACAUCUACUCACGUAUUUAAUGAAGCCUACGGCCAUUCUCCAUUGAGCUCAAUCCCAAUCCACCACAAUGGGCACUAUAUCCAUAAUGCCCUGGGCAUUUGCUAUUUCGCAAGGUAUUUUGACUUACCUAUUCGGUUUAAUCAUGUACCGGGUGCUAUUAAGCCCAAUUGCGGCUUUCCCCGGGCCAUUUUUAGCCCGUACUACAUAUUUGUACGAGUUCUACUAUAACUGGAUUAAAUGCGGCCAGUAUUACCUAAAAAUUGAGGAAAUGCAUCAGAGAUAUGGCCCGAUCGUUCGAGUCACUCCCACAGAACUCCACAUACGAGACCCCCUUUACUAUAACCAGCUCUUUGUAACACAUGCUGUGAGAAAGUCCAAUGCCUACAGUCGUUUUACGCAAGGAGCAGGCUUUGACGACAUCACUGCUAUUUCAAUAUCACACGAUAUCCACCGUAUUGUGCGAGCGCCAAUGAACCCUUUCUUUUCCAGAUCAGGGCUUCGUCGCGUCGAAUAUAGGGUCGUGGAACGUGUUCGAAAAUUAUCCUUAAGGCUAGAAUCGGAAGCAAACACGGGCAAUCCGGUCAAUCUCAACGAUGCUUUCGCCUCCUUGGCAACUGACGUGGCUUCCGCAAUCUUUCACGAAGAACCUAGCAACUUCCUAGAGGAUGAGAAAUACAAUGCAAGUUGGUGGGAAAUAUUAAGAAUGGGCCUUACGACGGUUCCGCUCCUUGUGGAGCUUCCAUGGAUAGCGCGAGCCAUCACCACACCAGUUAUCAAACUACUUACGGAGAGGUUGACUAAUUGGCGAAUAUGGGAUGACAAAUCCCGGCGACAGAUCCAAAUUACACGAACACGGCCCUCGGCUACAGCUAAAACUCGCUCUGAUAGAACUGUAAUGGAUAGUCUUGUCCAAGAUACCCAGGCCACAUCAAUCCUUGGAGAAAAAGGCUUUGUGCGGUUAUCUCAGCUUAUCCAGCAAGCUGGGACGCAUAACGUGUCCCAGACGCUGGCUAUCAUUGUCUACUUUUUGCUGCGGCAUGAAGAUCAGCAGGAGGCAUUACGCAGGGCUCUGGAGCCGCUUUUUGCAGGCGAUGCAGCCCAGGCCGCCCCUUCCCUACAACAAAUGGAAAGGGUGCCGUAUUUGACAGCAUGUAUAAAGGAGGGGUUGAGGCUAGCGGCCGGGAGCCUAAACCGAUUUCCGCGGGUAUCGCCCGAUGCAGAGCUAAGCUUCAAAGACUGGAAAAUUCCAAAAGGGACUGCCAUCUCCAUGACCCCCUACUGGAUACAUAUGGACCCUGAAGUCUUCCCAGAUCCUGGAAGCUUCAAUCCGUCGCGCUGGCUCUGCAAGCCAGCGAAGCUGGCAACCAUGCACCGCCACUUCGUCCCCUUUUCCAAGGGGUCACGAACAUGUUUGGGGAAAGAUCUUGCCUAUAUGCAAAUGUACCACGCUCUCGCGCAGCUCUUCCGACCCGAGAUGCCGCAGAUGACGGCAUAUGAUACGGAAGAAAGGGACGUAAAACCAGUUCUAGGGCUUAUGUUUUCUUUGCCAGAGCUGGAUGCUCGAGGUUUGAGAGUAAUGGUGUACAACAAGACCUCGUUGCAUACCGCAAAACUACGCAUGAAAGAAGUACGGCCUCCGAAGGCUUAAAUUAGAUCUGUGCUGCACAGCUGGCAAAUCAAGUGACAGCCACAAGAAGGAAACAAAUGGCCACUGCAAACACAAUUGAACCGAGGAUGGCUGAUGUUCUCUUCGCUGUAUCUAUUAUUCUAGCAAGAAACAAUAAAACAUGAACUGAG